CAUUCCAACUAACCAAGUGAUCGAUCUUUAACGUAAGUACUGCUAACUAACUAAUUAGUAGUGUAAUUAAUAUGGCCGUGAUGUACUCAAAGAUAGGCAUUAUUGGAGGUGGCAUUAGUGGUUUAGCUGCUGCAAAACAGCUGGCUCAAUACAACCCGACGGUGCUUGAGGCCACCGACUCCAUCGGUGGGGUCUGGAAGCACUGCUCUUUCAGAACCACAAAGCUUCAGACGCCUCGUUGUGACUAUGAGUUCUCUGAUUACCCUUGGCCACUUAGGGACAACACCACUUUCCCAUCUUACGUCGAGGUCCUUGAUUAUCUCAACUCUUACGCAAACCACUUCAAUUUGUUCAAAUUCAUCAAGUUCAACUCAAAGGUCAUCGAAAUCCGGUUAGCCAAGGACCAGUCGUCGUCACCCGAGCCAGCUGCAGAUGGAAAAACUGUUUGGGAGGUUGCUGUCCAGACCAAAAAUAAUGACAGUAUUCAGUGGUAUGGUUUCGAGUUCAUUGUGAUGUGUAUGGGGAAAUAUGGUGAUGUACCGAUUAUACCAAAGCAUGGAAUGAACAAAGGCCCUCAAGUGUUCAAAGGGAAGGUGAUGCACUCUCAAGAGUACAGCAAGCUCAACGCCGACGAGUCUACUCAGCUUCUCAAAGGAAAGAAGGUGGUCGUCGUGGGUUACAAGAAAUCGGGCAUUGAUCUUGCUGCCGAAUGCGCUGAAGCCAACCAAGGGGAAGACGGAAAAGCAUGCACCAUGGUUGUUAGGACUUCACAUUGGACAGUUCCACACUACUCCAUAUGGGGGUUACCAUUUUACUUGUUCUAUUCAACCCGGUUUUCUCAGUUCCUUCAUCAAAGACCAAAUCAAGGCACUCUCAGGACACUUGUCUGCCACCUUUUAUCCCCCGCGAGAAAAGCAGCAUCCAAGAUCAUCGAGUCUUAUCUUCUGUGGAAGCUUCCACUUGUCAAGUAUGGACUAAAACCGGAUCACCCUUUUGAGGAAGAUUAUGCAUCAUGUCAGAUGGCAAUCUUGCCUCGCAACUUCUUUCCCCUGGCAGAUAAAGGCAAAAUCAAUUUUGUAAGAGCAUCUGAGUGGUGGUUUUGGGAAGGUGGUGUAGAGUUUGACGACAAUACCAAGUUAGAAGCCGAUGUUGUCCUUCUUGCCACCGGUUACGAUGGCAAAAAGAAACUUAGAGCUGUCCUGCCCCAACCCUUUAGUAGCUUCUUGGAAUUUCCCUCUGGGAUGAUGCCCUUGUACAGGAGUACAAUUAAUCCCUUCAUUCCAAACAUGGCGUUCAUGGGUUACGUGGAAAGUGUUUCAAAUCUUCAGACUUCAGAGAUACGUUGCAAAUGGUUAUCGAGGCUUAUAGGUGGUAAGUUUAAGCUGCCUAGCAUGGAGAAAAUGUUAGAACAGAUAACCACUGAAAUGGAAAUAAUGAAGAAAACAACCCGCUUUUACAAGAGGACCUGCAUUUCCACUUUUAGCAUCAAUCACAGUGAUGAGAUUUGUCAAGAGAUGGGAUGGAAUUCUUGGAGGAAGAAAAGCUGGUUGUCUGAAGCAUUUAGCCCUUAUACCAGUCAAGACUAUCAAGAGCAAGUUUGAAAACAUAUAUACAUAGUUGUUAAUUACUAUAAGACUAAUUACUGUAUUUGUUAUUACCGUUAUCUAUUUAUUUAUUACUCCGUA